AAAGUCUAGAAAGUCAGAGCCACAGAAGUGGCUGAUUGUUAGAGAUCCCUGACCAUCUCCUGACUCCCUCCCCUUGUGGACUCCUGUCUGCUCUGUGGACACCCCAUCAUCAAAGACUCUCUGGCUCUCCUUGCCACAGAAGUCCCCUGGCAACCCUGAAGGCACAACCCUGAACAGCAAACGUAAAGGGAAGAAGCACCCCUUGACCCACUCACCAGCCUGCCAAUGUUCCAACUGAUAGCCACCCCUUCAAAUGCCCUUGCAGACGAGCCUGUGUCCAUCCGAGCGACAGGCCUGCCUCCAUCGCAGAUAGUGACCAUCAAGGCAACACUGAAGGAUGAGAAGGAGAAUCUGUUCCAAUCCAAAGCCUUCUACCAGGCCAACAAUGCUGGCGAGGUGGACCUGGAGCAGGCAUCAGCUUUGGGGGGUGACUAUGUAGGGGUCCAUCCAAUGGGCCUCUUUUGGUCUCUGAAGCCCAGGAGGGUUUUUCAGAGGCUGAUAAAGAAAGAUGUGAACAGCCCCUUUUGCAUCACGCUGGACCUGUAUGACUCUGUUUGCUUGGCAGAUUCAGUCCCAACUCUACCCAAGGCCAGCCAGAUAGUACAGCGUUGGUUUGUUGGCCCUGGGGUUCAACGGGAGCAGAUCCGAGAAGGUCGGGUGCGCGGAACCCUUUUUCUCCCUUCAGGAGAAGGUCCUUUCCCAGGAAUCAUUGACUUAUUUGGAAAGAUUGGGGGUCUGAUUGAAUUUCGUGCUGGUCUUCUGGCUUCCCACGGCUUUGCAGUGCUUGCAUUAGCGUAUUUUGCCUAUGAAGACCUGCCUGGCAAACUAGUGGAGAAGGACUUGGAUUAUUUUGAGGAAGCUGCCAAUUUCCUGCUAGCUCAUCCCAAGAUCCAACAGCCAGGAAUUGGUGUGAUCGGCGUGUGCAAAGGUGCAGAGAUCGCACUGGCCAUGGCCUGCUACCUGAAGCAGGUGGUUGCCACAGUCUGGAUAAAUGGGUCCAGCCUCAUUCUUGACUUUCCACUAAGAUACCGGGAUCUGGUGGUGACACCUGCCCAAAUGGCUCUAGAGCAUUCCCAAGUCCAUGUCUCAGGGGCUAUGCGCUUCCGUUACAAUAUAGACGAUCUCUGGAGUAAGCUGAACCCACAGAGUAUACUUCCCGUUGAAAAGGCCCAGGGGAGGAUCCUCUUCAUUGUAGGAGAGAAUGACGGAUGCGUGGACAGCAAGAUACAUGCACAGAGGGCCAUGGAACGACUCCGGAGCCAUAGGAGAAGCAAUGGAAGGAUGCUGUCAUACCCUGGGGCAGGUCACCUCAUAGAGCCGCCCUAUUCUCCUUUUUGCUUUGCGUCCUGGAACAACGAAUUGGGUAACGCCGUGCUUUGGGGAGGAGAUCCCGCUGCUCACACAGCAGCCCAGGAACACUCCUGGAGAGAGAUCCGGAAGUUCUUCAGGCAACACCUCCCUCACUCUGGAAGCAAACUCUAAGUAAAUGUCAUGACCAUGCUGGGGCAGGGAGUGGGUUAGAGAGAGGUUGGAAUUAAUGUGAGGAUAAAAGCAUUAGUUAGGGAUUUGGGGAAUUAGUCAGGGGAGGGGAAUGACCAGGACGGAUGGACAGCAUUCUCCCGGCUUUCUUACAUUCCCAUUCAUCCUAAUCCAAUUGGAAAUAAAUGAGACACACGGGAAUCUGAGGCGUUUCUGACAAAUUUGUAUGUAGUUUGAAAUUUUGUAAAUUAAAUUUUAGUUUAUAUAUUGGAAUACAUCAGUAUUCAGAAAUUGUGAUAUUCUUGCAAACUGAUAAACACUAUACUACACACAGAGACACACAGAUAGACACACACACAUACACACACACAUUCAUAUCCCUAAUUAAGAAUUCAUUUGAUCUAGGUGUUUCCAAUCCACAUGAAAUCUCUAAAACUGCUAACAUCUUUCUAGCAGUACAUUCUCUGUUUAAACUAUUUUAACUUGGGUUUCAGAUGCUUGAAGUGAGCAUUCUAGCCUACUAUUGAGGGGAAUGAUUUAUAAUAAGCCAGUCUGACUGCAUGACAGGCUUCAAAAGUGGCUUCGGACUGAACAGGCCUGAGUUUCUAUUUCUCAGAACAGGGAACUACAGUCCAUGGAAACCACAUACAAUAACUCAAUAACCUUCCUGAAAACCAGAAACAAUAACUUAGGUAAGCACUUGAACAAUCAAAGUGAAGGUUAGUUAAAAAAAAAAAAAAAAAAAAAAAAAAAAAGGCUUUGUCUAGCUAGUCAAAAUGAUGCUUUGUUACCUGGGCAUACUUUGUUGCCUGGACACUCCAUGAAAUCCCCCAACUGCAGAACCAAUCAUUAGUCCCCAGCAUCCUCUAGAUCAGCACCAACCGAUCAAUGAAAAGAUUACCUAAUCACACUAUGGGAAUCCCCUAACUGCCUUUAAAUUAAGCCUGCUUGCCCACUUCAGGGUAGCCAUUCUAUGAAAUGGUGGUCCCAGCAUGCCCGCAAUUUCUGCGGAGUAUACACUCCUUGCUUUUGCAUACUACCUGCGUCUGAGGUCUUCUUUCAGCGGAUUCCAGACCUAACACUAUCAAGCAUAAUGCUUGCUGUAGAUUUCCAAUAGAUAACUUAAAAAAGGGGAGGGGGGGUCCUUCUCUUUACUCUAGGUAUAUAUUACUUUUUUUUUUUUUAAAUCAGGAAUGCAACCAAAUUUAACCAAGUGCCUUGUGGCAUUUCUUGAAGCUGAGUGUCUGGCUUGUAGCUCUCACCUCAUCAGAGCUAGCUCUUCUGGUUUUCAUAGUGAUUUCAUCUAUGUUCUUCUAGUUUGCUGAGUAAUGCUCAUGUCCAUUAGUCAUUACUUCUGCAUGCACAUUUAAUUUGAAUAGAUGACAUUUUUCCAUUACUGAACAAGGGUUCUAACGUGACUUUUGGAGCCAAUCUCAUCAUUUAUAUUUCUGCAGAAUUUUGCUUCACUUAUUGCUCAAAUCUUUUAAAAUUCAUUUUCUUUAUUAUAUUUUAAAUUAAUUCAUGCUCUUGUGUUUAUGGUUUUAUACCACGAAAUGCCCUGGUUGGAAAAGAGUAACUGUAGAAAUAAAUUAGGAGAUGGAGAAAAGUUAAACUUCUGUUUUUUUUUUUUUUUUUUUUUCAUUUUAUUGAUAACAGGCACAUAAUAGUGCCAUGUUUUGAUGUAUGUGUUAAAUCACGGCCUGCCACUUUAAGACACUUGAAGAGAACAAGUCCAUACCAUGGAAAAAUCGGGCCCUGACCACUGCACGUCUCCCCCUUCCCUCCCUCCUCCUCCCUCUCUGUAACACGUAGUUCAAAUGACUCGCCUCUGGCCUGCCCAUUGGACUUCUCUCUGCUCCCUUCCUCCGUCCUCCUUCAUAACACACAGUUAAGAAGCCUGUGGCCUCACAACCUGUAACCCCCCAAAAGCUGCAAGAGAGGCUUAUGGUAACUGGGUACUCAGCAUACAGGCUAUGUUGAAAUGUUACCCGAAUUAAAUCACUCUUCAUCAUUGUUACCCCCCAUUUUAGGCCCCGUUCAAAAUUCCUUUUCCCAAAUAAGCCACAGUCUCUCUUCAGCCAAGUUGGGAAGAAGUUUGACCUCUAUCUGUUCGGUACGCUUUAACAAAGUGUGUUCUGUGUCAAGUCUUGUAAUGGGCAUGCCAUCAAGGCAUGGAUGCCUACGAGCUAACAGUCUCAUCACUGCAUCGCAUCAAAACACUUCAUUAGUGUUGUUUCUUUCUAGUUCUCUCCCUCAGUGAGCCAGACUUUCUCAGGCAUUUCCAACAUCCAUAAAAAGAGGAAGAAAAAUUCACUGCAGGAUUCAUUUCUCUCUUAGGCUAUAGUCACUUCUUGCCCUGUCUGGACAGAGAGCUUUGUCCUUGGUGGAAAACCUGAGUAGGGAAGUCCAAACCUGAGGAAUGAAUUUCACAUGCUAGAUUAGAGGGUAACGAUCAAUGUAAGGCCACUGAAGAGUAAGUAGAGGCUCUGUUGUAAGAAGUUAUUAAUAUUUAUUAUUGGUUUAUCUUCUUUUAAUGCUUGCUGCUAAUCUUAAACAGCUGUAUAACCAAAUCACCACACAGUGACUGGGUUUUUAGUUAACCUAGAACACAAUGCUGGGCAAUAUUUACUCCCUCCUAAACCUCUAAGCCCUCGGUUUCCUAACAUUUAGAUUUCCCACAUUAUACUUGCUUUUUGUGGAAUCUUAGGUCUGGUUCAUGCUCCAAGUCCUCCAAGAUCUCUCUUCCAGCUCCGCUCUCCUCGCUCUCCUCUUGCCCCUUCUCCUCCUUCUUCUCCCACUCAGAUCUUGGAGAACAAGCUGCUUUCCUUUCGCUUCUAGCCCUGUUUCACUUCUAGCCCCAUGCUUUCUUCUAAGAGGCUUUUCCCAAGCUUAAAAUAAAAUAAAAUAAAAUAAAAUAAAAUAAAAUAAAAUAAAAUAAAAUAAAAUAAAAUAAAAUAAAAUAAUCUUUUCUCCCUAAUUUCUGUACACUUUACUCUUUACUCCGAUAUUUUAAAUUCCUUAUCUAAUGCUUUAUAUAAUUUUCUCAUUGGGUUUGCAUUUAUAAGUCUUAAUCAUAAUUAACUGUUUAUCUUAUCUUUUAGACUAGGCCACAACAAUGAACCUCAUUUCAAGUUGGUAUGGAUUUUUAUAAAAAUUCAAAGUUACAUUUUACUGUCUUAUAAUUCAACCCUGCUUCAAAAUAAAUUUUAUAUAAUAAUAAAAUUUCAAAGUUAUAAAUAUCUAUUCAAAUUAAGUUGGUUUAUGUGUUGCUCAAAUAUAAUUUUAAGAUUGCUUUAUACUGUUAUGCUCAGGGGUUCAUUAUUACAUACAAAUUGUUUACCAAUAUUCUAAAUUAAGCUCUAUUAAUUUUAGAGGUAUUUACUUAUGUUAAAAUUGGAUCAAUUUGCUGCAUCUCUACUAUCAAAGGGUUAAAAUAUGCUUGGUUAAUUUUAAAAUUUGUUUUAUACUGUUCUGCUAAAUUGUUGGUUUUAAACUUAUAACUCAAGGGUUCGUUAUUAUGUACAAAUUGUUUACCAAUAUUCUAAAGUAAGAUCUAUUAACUUUAGAGGUAUUGAUUUAUGUUAAAAUUGGGUCAAUUUACAGUAUCUCUGCUAUCAAAAGGUUAAUAUAAGCUUAGUCUUGUUCUCUUAAAAUGAUGCUAUUAAUUUGUAGUAUAGCCUUAGACUCUUAUAAGCUAUAAACUUUUAUAUACUAAAUCAUACAAAAACUCUUGUUCUCUCACUUUAAUAUAUUCAUGACUUUUAAGAUUCUAACUUAGCAAGGACAAAACCUAAAGUCCUAAUAUUUAAUGGUUAACAAAUGCAAGUUAAUAGUCAUUUCAUAAGAUACAUAUUUAUAGUCCUACAGAUGCAAACAUGGUCUCACUGCAAUUUUUAAUGAACAGCUGAGGAUGGUCAUUGAGUCACCAUAUAGGAGUUGGUAAAAAUAGUAAGAGCCAUCCAACUGGCUCUAGACCCUAGCUGUGCUGAGACGCUGGUGUUCCCGAAAAAGCGCAAGAUGUUUGCAUAGCCAAAAGUCCGUUCUGCCAGGUGACAUUUUCAAAUGCAGCCAAGUGGAUUCUGGUCCUGCUGCUGACAUGCCAAAGCUGGCUGCUGGCAAACUGGCCUCUGGAAGUCAAAAUGCUCCCAAGCAGGCUUGUCCUCUGUGCCCAGCCAUGGAGGUUCAACUAGUUCAAGAGCUACAGACACUUCCAGCCUUCUAGCUUGUUGGCCUAGUGGAGGACGAAUGGCUUCUUGACUUUGCAACCUCCACAGCUCUUGCACAGGUCUGUUUUUUUUUUACCUCAGAAUGAGGUCCCACGGACAUAUUGCCAACUUCUGUGUUGGGAGACUUCAGGUGCCUUCCAAGCUCUCUUCAUAUGCAGGAGACCAGGCCUUAAGCCUAAGUCCCGGAGCUGCUAUUUUCAGGCCUAGACACAGUCCAGACUCAAGAAACAGGCCUAAAUGAACCCUUUUACCAUCCCUUUAGCUAAAGGACAAUAAAUGUUCAUAGCAGUUUCAACUAUGUCUCAUGGUAAAUAACUAAAUACAAAGGUCCCUCUCAAAAAACAUAUUUGAGAGAUGUCUUAAGGUUAAUAAAUACAAGUUAUACAUGUUUGAGAGUCUUAAAAUAUGUCUUAAGGUUGGUAAUGCAAUUUAUAAAUAUUUGAGGGUCUAAAAAUGUUUUAAGGUAAAAUGCAAGUUAUAAAGGUUACAAGGUCUAAGGUGAUUUAAGGUAUCUUAAAUAGAUAAAAAGGCUUAAUAUUUCCUCCUAUUGUUAUUUUACUGUUGUAUUGACUAUCCAGAGUUUUAACCUUUAUCAAUACGGCUCUAAUCUAUUAAUCUAACUCUGAUACAAAAACAUUCCACUAUACCACGUACUAUUAUAGUUCUAAGCUCAAGAUUGUAAGCCUCCAUAAUGUGUAUGCUUAUACUAAAAGUUAAGAUCAAGUGAGUUUCCCUUUUACUUCAUAAAAGGCUUUUGCCUUUUCAGAGCCCACCUUAAAAAAUACUUACACUAUUAACAUAAAUAUGUAUGUCUACUGCUUUUUCUACAAUGUAUAUUUCAAUGCAGAGUACAAUUGUGAUACUAACAUGUCUAAAGUUUAAUCUCCUUUUUAAAACUUAAAAGUAAUUCUUGCAAGCUGCAGAAAGUCCACCUAAAUCCACCUCUCAGGUCAAUUGGACUUCAGAUAAGUACUGCACUUAUUGCCUAUCUCAAAAGGUGGGACUCCUCCCCUUUCCCUGGUUUUGGGACUUUCUUUCCUGGCUACCAGACUGCUAUUUACUGCAUGCAACCACUGGCUGGAUUGGUGAGUUCUCCUUAUUGACCAGCCACUAGAUUGGUGAGUUCACUCCAUUUUCUCAGCAUAAAUGCCUCUCUUGGUAGGGGAAGCUUGAUCGCAGAGCUCCGGCAACUUCGUACUAUCUUUUGAGAUGGAGGGACCUCCCCCCCCAGCCGAAGCCUUAACUGUCUAGGUUUGACCCUCUAUGCUGACCUCCAUUUUAGGGCCUCACUCUCCCUUGGGCAGUACGUCCCCUCUCCCACACGGUUCCUUUUCCCCCUUGCUCACUCGCUUGCUCAUGGGAAGGUCCUCACUCACACAUGGUUCCUUCUCCCCUUCUCUCGCUCGCUUGUGGGAAGACCUAGUGCUAGGCGAAUCAUCGUGCCCUCGGCUGUGCCCCACUGGGCACCUGUGCCCAAGUCUCUGGCCAAUAGCUGAUUAGCUAUUGGACCAGGUAGGACCCCUCUUGCUCGGAGUCACACCUUCUCAUUGGGAUGACUCUGGAAGGUUGCUGACUUCUCUGCCCCCAAUGCGAGAUGCCCAGAUGCCCGUCCCUCCAGACAGGAUGCCCUCUGGAGAAUUUUAAGUUUCUACACCUAGUGCCAGCUGGCACCAGGGCCUCUAAGUUUACAUGUUUCUGUAACCAAACCUCACCUCAAUGACAAAUCCAAAACAAAGCCUUCUUUAAAUAUUGCCAGUGAUUGGGUAAAUAAAAGUCCCCCCAGGUAGACAGAGGUUCCCAUGUUCAAGUCUGAUUAAUCCAAACCUUCUAUUCCUGUUUGCUCUCCCAGAAGUUUUCAAUGUAUACCUACAGGAUUUUCUCCAUAACCUAUUCAACUUUAUCUUUUGCCUAUAUAUGUGUUUCAGUGUCCUGCCAGACACAGAUGUUUCCUAUAGCCACAACAGUGCCAAAGCAGCUACAAGUGUUCAACUCUGACCUCAUGGACUUCCAACAAGCUACAGGUGUUCAACUCUGGUCUCACAGACUUCCAACAGGCUGGACCUGCACCUUGCCUCCAAGCCAUGGAUGUUCUCACAGAUCCUGGAAAUCAUCAAAACAGCCUAUUCUUCCUGGACUUGGCCAACAUUUCAGCCUUUUGACCUCCCUACAGCGCCUCCAGUGUCAGCAGGAAGUAGCCAGAAGAUAAUCUAUGCCCAUUAUUCACUUGUUGUUAACAAAAGGCUGAAAUGGUGUGCUUCAGGACCAGGACAAGGAGCUCCAGGUUCUCCCAGCAUUCCCCAGUCCCUAUCUGCUGCCUUGCAUGGCUGGCAACUCUCUCUAUUGACAACCCUCUACCUUAAAUUUUCCAGGGCAGAGGCUUCCCUUACUCUUGACCUUACAAUCUGACCAUUUUGUUGCUAUAAUUCUUCCGUUUCUCAAACCCUUCUAUGACAACCAAGAGCUUCCAAUGAGCCUAAAUUUAUAUACUUUAACUUACCUUAUAAAAAGCAGCCCAAGCUCCCCAUUCUUUAAUUAUAGAAAAAGGGAGGAAUAUUAGUAUUUUGGAACACAACCUGCUCCUGGGUUAUCCAGCAACCUAUGAUGUCAUCAUGUGUCGCCAGCCAGAUGGCCAUACCUGGAAGGCGUGGUUACCUUGCCUCUUAAAGGGCUAAUCCUGACACGUGGUCUCUCUCUUACACUCUCUCUUACACUCUCUUAAACUUUUACUCCUCUCUUACACUCUCUCUUUCUGUCUCUUACACUCUUACACACACACUCUCUUUCUCUCGGGGCACCCCUUCCCUUUUCUCUCUCUCUCCCCAAGUCCUGCUCCCCCCUCCCCCUCCCUCCUACUAAACUUCUUGCAGAGAAUAUCGGUUAACCAGCCUCAUGAUUUUUAACACUUUGGUUCUUCAAACACCACCGAGUGAAAUGGUGAACAAAGGACAUGAGCCAGAAUACAUUUUGUGAUAAUUUUUUUUCUUCUCUUUAGAAAAAAAAAAAAAAUAUGUACAAAAAAAGCUAGGAAGAGCUGACAUGGAUGUGUUAGGAAAACGUUUUGAUAGAUACAGAUAGAGAACCUUCUUUCAAAGGAGGGACACAUUAUUACCACGCUAGAAAAACAGGAUGCAGUUAAAAUCCAAGAACAGUUAAAAGCCCCAAAGUGAAGCUGAUGCUCUGGGUGCAAUGUUGUAGAUGCUCUGAUAUCCUUCUGUAAAAUAAUACUGUGCAAACUGUAAAAUAUUCUUUUUCAUAUAAAGUCCGUACAAUAUGAUAUACAAAACUGUUGAGCUGACAGGAAAGGCUGGUGCUAGCUGCUCUCUUGGAUAGAAGGCUACAGUGUCACCUGCCCAAGGACAGAAUUCCAGAUUGACCUUGAGUUCCUUAGGUGGGCGAGGCCAUAUCUAAGAAAGAGUCAUGUAACCAAAACACGCCCCAAAUAGAGGCUUCUGUGCCAAUAGUUAAGUAACUCGGAAAAUUCACUGGUAUGCCAUCACUUUAACUCGGAGUGCAAAAACUAUUCACAGAACAGAACAUGAUGUUCUCUCCAAAUUUUCUUUUUCUCAAUUGAUUUUGAGAUUUACAAUUAACCACCAUGGUCCUUCCUGUAACUCAAAAGUUUAACUUUCAUUAAAAUUCGAAACUUCUGGUGGAAAAAGCAACUGUGGUAACAAAGGUGUAAAGUGGAUCUUUUACUUUAUUUGUCUAUAAAACUGAGAAAAGAUUUGUGUACAAAUAUCACAAAACAACAUCAACCAUUGAAUAAAUGUGAUUCUUCAAUGCACACUUGAACAAGAGGAAAAUUUUGUUGGUUUUAAAAUUCUGGCAUAAAUAUAUUAAAGCGGACAAAAAAAAGAUCAGGGCAAGCUACAUCACUUCUUCAUACAAAAAAAUGUACAAAACAUUAGCCUCUAACUAGAUAAAUGUAAUACUUGUCUUCACAGUUUGACUUGAGUAACUGUGUGUUUUGAAGUAUUAAACUGGAAGGUUGUUGGAAAAAGAGAGAGAGAGAGAGAGAGAGAGAGAGAGAGAGAGAAAUCCAAAACAGCUGCAUCUCUUCAUUCAUCUCAGGUGACUUCGGUCAUGGAGGCUGGGUGGUUCUGUAGAGCAAGCAAGAUGUAGAGUCUCAGAGUUGGGCUGACUGACAUCUACACACUCUCAUCCAUUCCUGAAAUGUCUUCCACACUAAAGCUCAGCUAUCUGUCUUUCAAGAUUAAUUUUUAAUAUUUUAAACUUCUCAUACCCUGUGUCUUAGUCAUAUUUUUCCAUUCCCCCCAAUUCUACCCAGAUCCUCCCUGUCCCCACCCAGCACACUUCAUGUCAUCUCUCAGAAAAUAUUGACACCCCACAAACAAAAACCACCCAAACUAUGCUUUCCCCAAAGCCCUUAAGCUCCUGUUGCCUCUUCCUUCAGCAAACUAAGUAGAAUCAUUUCUUCAUGCAAACUUUUCACUGCUGUUUUAUCGAAAGCAUUCAAGUCAGGAUUCUGAAGUCACAGCUGAAUUCCACACCAUUGACAUGUUUUAAAUACUGAAUACCAGCUAAGCUUUCCCACUUGACCUAAUCUUUGAGUUAUGAGUUCUGUGGGACUAAAAUUAUUAUUUUUCACUGGGCAGAGGGGCUUUCAUUUGUAGUUAAUUGAUAGAGAAUGUGGUCUACAGGCUGCAGAUCCAUCAAAACGUCUGUUUCUAUAUUUUAAACUUAACUUUAUUUGUGUGUGUGUCCAUGUGUGUACACAAAUGUGUGACCACAUGCAUGUGGAAGUCAAAAGAACAGCUUGUAGGAGAUGGUUUUCUUUUUCCACCAUGUGGGUCCCAGGAACUCAGCUCACCAGGCAAGUCGGUGAUAAGGACUUUUACUUCCUAAGCCAGCUCUCUAAAGUUUCCUAAGAGUUUCUUCCUGAUCUUGUACAUGAUCAUUUUAUAUGUUUAUAUGAAAAUAUUACAUGUUUUUUGGAAAAGAUUUUAUAUCUAAUGUAAAUUAAUAUUAGAUAAACACAUCUUGCACUCUGUUGCUUGCUUACUACUGAGAUAUGUUUUAAGUAUGCUGCUUUAGAUAUGUAUAUUUUUCCUUGUAAUUCUGUCACAUUUUGUUUGUGAAAACUCGCUAAUGUGGUCUUCAGUCCUGUUGUUUGUUUUAAAUUUAAAGUUCUAAGCUAUAGGCCCAUGGACUUGGUAAAUACUUAAGAAAAUUGUGUUUUUCAUCUGAUUGUUAGAGGACCUUCGCUUAUUUUGGGGCACUGGGGAAACAGUUAGGAGAACGGCUGCACAUUAAAAAAAAUGGUUUAUUUUAUUUUUA